AUGGGUGAUAAAGAAAUGGCAUUUGACCAGAAUGCCAACCCGUACGAGAACAUCACCGAGCGGCUGAUCACUAAACGUGUUUCUGAGCUGGAGGCGUCAAAGGUGAAGUCGGCGUCUAUCUAUACGCUGGUUUUGCAACGGAUAGCAAAGAUACUAAGGGACGUGCCCCUCAUCAAGCAUUGCAUUGGCCCGCCCGACGAGGUGACCGCACAGAUCAAUAAACUCAUCGCACAGCAAAAGGCCGCCACCAGCUACAGAGAGUGGUACGACACAAGUGUCAAGCUCGACACGUUGAUGGAAAAGGAGGCCUGGAAAAAUGAGGACGAUAGUCCUCUUUACGAUUACCAAUUAGUCCAGGUGAGACUGCAAGAGCUUCGAGACGCACGAAUGAACAACGAUUACUCGCGACUGUUGUAUUUAAUAAGAACAACCUGGUCGAGAAACAUGGCCAACAUGGAUAACAUCAAUCUUUAUAGACACUCUUUUGUUGGUACCAAGUUUCUCAUCGAGGAGUACAUUUCGGAGUGUCAACGGUGCUUGCAAUGUCUCACAUCGGAAAAAUGUCCGCUUGAUGAUAAAUACAUUCUGGCCAUGUUGAUGCAGACGAGAAAGAACUACGGAAGAGUGGCCAUUACCAUGAGCGGCGGAAGUUGUUUCGGUAUGCUGGGGAUGGGUGUCUUCUCCACGCUUUUGGAGCUAGACCUGCUCCCCAAAAUAGUGUCUGGGUCUAGCUCGGGCUCGAUCUUGAGUUCUGUGAUUUGCUCGAAAACGACUCCCGAACUUCUUGCCCUUUUGCAAUCCAUCACGUCGUCCAAGUUUGAGGUGUUUAGCAAAGACGACGAGCCGGACACUUUCCUGACUUGUUUGGGACGGCUGCUGAAGUACGGAACCUGGUUUGAUAACUCGCACCUGAAGUCCACCAUGCAGGAGAUCCUUGGAGAUUUGACGUUCCGUGGAGCUUACAAUAGAACGGGCCGUAUUCUGAACAUCACCGUGUCGCCAGCCUCUGUUCACGAACAGCCGACUUUGCUCAACUAUUUGACUGCCCCAAACGUUCUUAUUUGGUCGGCAGUCUGUGCUAGCUGUUCUCUUCCGGGGAUCUUCGCCUCGUCCGCCAUCUACGAAAAGAACGUCAAGACCGGCGAGGUGCAAGAAUGGUCCGACCCCAUGGUCAAGUUUGUGGACGGCUCGGUCCACUCUGACCUCCCCAUUAGAAGACUCUCCGAGAUGUUCAACGUGAACCAUGUGAUUGCGUGCCAGGUGAACCCGCACGUUGUUCCGUUCCUCAAGAUGUCUGUUCAAUGUGUCGGCGGAGAGAUCGAGAACGAGUACAGCGCAAAGCUCAAGCAGCUCUUUAACGGCACUUGCGAGCUUUUGUCGGCCGAGGCCAUGCAUUACCUGGAACUUUCUGCUGAACUCGGUCUUGCUACCAACUUCUCAACCAAGAUGCGCCAGAUUCUAUCCCAGCCUUAUUCGGGAGAUAUCACCAUUCUGCCAGAAAUCAGACUCACAGAGAUGAACAAGCUGCUGGUCAACCCUACUCCGGAGUUUCUCCUAGAUGCUUUGGUCAGAGGAGCCCGUGCUACGUGGCCAAAGGUGUCCAUCAUCAAGAACCACUGCUCAUUGGAGUUCUCGCUCGACAAGGCCAUUGCCAAGAUCCGAUCGCGGCUCAUCUCGAAUCCUUCACGACAGCUCGAGUUUUUGCCGGUUUCGCUGAUUCAGCACGGAGAGCCUGUUUUUCAGGUCCAGGAGCAGAAACCACGCAGAAGACGCAGUCACCAGCGGCGCAGAUCCGAAUCGCUCACGCUUGGAGCCAUGGCCGAACAGAGAUUACGUUCGUCGAUGGUUUACUCGUCUCAUAAACCAGCAGCUACGUCUACACCACUCAAACGCAGAGUGUACCGCCACCCCUCGUUCCCCACGCUCAAUAUCCCGAAGACAUCUCCGAGCACGCAGCCGUCACAGCCAGGGUCUCCGCAGUCGCUAAAAAACCGCGCCUCGUCUGUGAACCGCUCCAGUAGCUGGCUUGCUACGCCAGACUUCUCCGGGUCGCACAGAAACGGUUCGUCAAGAAACCUGCUUUCCGCGCCCGGGUCGUUCCACACGGCCAACGAGUCAGUUACUAGCCUCGCCCCAGAACAACAGAUCGAAGAUAACGUCAAGGAUACCGCAAACGACACGCUAUAA